AUGCCUCGGUUUGCCCUCUGUCCUCUGAGCCCCCAGGAUGGGGAGUGUGUCCCCACCAUGAGGAUGGGACCUGGGAUCAGCCUCUUUCUGUGUUGCCCAGAGAGGAGAGUUUAUAUCCCUGCCCCCCAACCCCCGCCCUUCAGCUUCACCCCCUGCAGUGCCCAGGAUGGACUUGGGGGAGGAGAAGGUGGGUCUCUGGGUCACACCCCUGUCACAGGUGCCCGUGAGGAUGCGUGCCAUUACCAGAGGGGGGACGACAGCACUGCUGGGGUAGAUUGCAGCACCCUCUCCACUUUCCCAGCUCACCUUGCUCCCGCCAGCACUCUCCUGAGCAAGAAGGCUGGGGGCCAGCCCCUUGGGGUAGAGGGCCCUGAGACCCUCAGUGGAAAACUCAAGGGGCAGGUAUAUCCUUCAGCAAAAUUUGGGGACCCACAGCCAGUAGUACUCAAAAGCUGGCCAGGUUCCUUGCUGGGGACAGACGCACAGCAGAAGGGACCCUGA